GACGGGGCAGGACGUUCCAAUACCAACCACAUAAUACAUUGGUUUAUGUGAAAAAGACUUUUCAUGCCAAUUUCUUAUCGUGUUUGUUGGCACCAGUUUCAGUUAUUUUUAUUUAAUCACAGUACACCACAGUUGAUAUCGUAUCACGUACAAACGAAAUAGCUGCACAAUCCAUCAAUGGUAUAUUGAGAAAUAUGACUUUGUUCGCUACGACAAAAUAUUGGGAUUUACAAGCUUUUAUUGACUGCAUGUUACGCGUCCAAAUCUGCUGGUGAACUCUUGUUUAUUUGGAAAAGUAGGAAAAACUUAAAACCUGAUUCGAAGUCACGAUGAUUCGACAAAUCGAAAGCGGGUUUAUUUCAAAGGAAAAUUGUAUGAAGCUUUUCUCAAAUCUAACUAUUCCAACGGAAGUCGGACGGUAUUGUAACGCAACGCAUGACGGGAGUACGUGCUGGCCGCCAACCCUGGCGGGGUCACAGGUUAAACAACCAUGUCCAGACCUUCCUGAUCUACAAUUGAACCCAUUACAGUUUGUAUACAGACGAUGUGGUACGGACGGUGAAUGGUCCGAUAUCCCGGAUAGACAUAUCGUUUUUCAAAAGACUCUUUAUGAGGAAUGCUUCAUCAAGGGUCCGUCAAUAGCAUCGCUCAACCAAAACGCGAAAAUAUCGAACAUUCUUGCGAUAGUAUUGCUGGGCAUCGCUCUUGUAACAAUUUUUGUCGCACUAUUGAUAUAUUAUGUCGUUUUACCAAAAUUUGUAAAUGGAAUUUUGCACGUUAGGGUCCAAAAACAUUUGUUUGUGUCAGUCAUUUUUGACGCUGCAACAAAAUUGAUCAUUCAGAUCCUACUGUUAUUUCAAUUGCAUAAAAUUGCCACAGUCGAGAUUACUUUUGCUUACGAACUCCUCGCCACCAUGAAACAAUAUUCAGAGCUAGCAAUUAUAUUGUGGCUAACCAACGAUUCGCACUUUCUACAAGUGAUAUCGAGAUCAGGACAAAUUUGCACUUCCGGAUACAUGACCUACAUUGUGAUAGGUUGGGGAUUACCAAUAGUUCCAACAUCCGUCUGGGCCGUUUCCAUGGCAGUGAGUCAUAAGGUGAAAGACUGGACUGGUCACACGGAAUCUCCGCUAAUUUGGAUCAUGCAGAUCCCAAAAUUAUUGGCACUGCUGGCGGCAUUUUCCCUACUUUGUGUUACUGCUUACCGCGUGUUCGCCAGAACUAAGUGCACAAAACACAAGAAAAACCUAGACGUACGGAAGAUCAAAUACGACGUUCUGAUGUCUGGUCUAUUUUAUCUCGUUAUACUCGUGUCCGUGUUGUUCAACAUGAUCAUCACGCAUGCGCGUAUCAAGUGCAUUUCAUGCUCAUACAUUUCCACAAUCUUGACUUCGUCACAAGGAACCGUCUUGUCGAUAUUGUACUGUUUCCUCAAUAAUAACGUACAUGCUUACAUCAAGUAUAGUCAGACAGUGCUGCCCGCCUCAGCUUAGUAGUACCGGGCUAGUUCUCUGAUUGAUAUACAAUGACAUAAUUAUUGUAUGCAUAAUAGUUUGGUUAUAAUUGUCAUGGUUCAGUGACAGAAUUCAUCAAAUAAAUUCAAGUACAUGAAUAGGAAGAAACCGCUCCAUAACUGUCAUCUGUUAAGGGAAUCUGCUUUGUACAAACUAAUGUGUAGCUAUCCAUAAUAAAAAAAAAGUAUCAAUAACAACUUUCUGUCUAAACACAUCACCUGUUUAUAUAACAUUCACCUGACUAGCAUUACCACCUGUCUACAGAGACCACCUGACUAUAAAGCCCACUUACAUCUAGCUAUCACCUGUCUACAUAGACCACCUGACUAUCAAGCCCACUUACAUCUAGCUAUCACCUGUCUAUAGAGACCACCUGACUAUAAAGCCCACUUACAUCUAGCUAUCACCUGUCUACAGAGACCACCUGCCUAUAAAGCCCACUUACAUCUAGCUAUAGGUUAUUUUCCUAAAUGUGUUUUAUCAUAGAAGGCACAUUGUAGGUCGGUAGUCUGGAUGUUGAAGGGUACUGUGGGGUUAGCUAGCAAUGCUUAUUCUGCAGUUUGGCCACUCAAAUUCUUCUAAAUGUGCUACAUAUAAUCUUACACUGAAUCGUUAGAUUAUGAUACUACAUUUAGACCUUGGCAGUAAUUAUGAGUUUCAUCCGUAUCAGUUUCCAUAUGGUAUUCAGUAAUGUGUAAUUUCAGCCUCUUUCCUAAUAUUCUCGGAUGGUUGAUUAAGAUUUUUAAUUUACAGUCGAUAUUGUUUUAACUGUUGAUCAACAGGAUUUCGUAACGUUUCUCCUCCAUCACUCCAAUUGGUAAUCGUUCCAUACAAAUAACCAAAUGUAAAAAAACCAUGAAAAAUCAGAAACAAAUUUCUUCGAAAAUCGCAUCUAUCUAAAUUUUAAAACGUAAAUUUGAUUGCGUUUAAAUGACUCAACCCUGGUUAAACAAAAUAACAAUGGCGUAUUGUCUUAUACUAUAACUCAGCAGGCAAGUGAUUGAAUCAUAAUAGUAAGUUUAAAAACAUUGGCUAGAACACCAAAUGUAUUUAGUGAAAUUUGAUAUAUCCUUACAAUGUCUUUUUAACGAUAAAUAUGUUGAUAUUUUGGGCGACUAAUGAAAAAAUGGAAAUUAUCUUUUUGAUAUUAGAUGCAAAAACUUAGAUGAAAGAUCGCUUUGCAAAAUUCAUAUUUCUGAAAAAUCUAUUAAAUCGCUCUUAUUAUGCAAUGUCUGCCGUACCGUGCUUAUGAGUAAUUGUGUUUUUUUCAUGACGUUUAAUUCUGUAGAGAAAUAUAGGACAGAGACGUCUUAUAUUUUUAUCACCGUUCCGUUGUUCGCUGAGGACACAUGAAAAGACUGUCGAUAUUGACCCGAAAGAAACACUGUCAUUUUAUUAGACAUUGGAACUGCAUGUGAGCAAAAAACAAUCAAUACACUAUUUCCAUUUACUUCCUGUUGAUUUCGUCAUUGAAAUCGUUAAUGAUCUGUCACUUCCGGUACGCGGAAGUAGGAACUCAGUGUAAUGAAUAUUGCCGACAAAUAUAGGACACUUGGAAUGGAUAGUGUUUUGUUACGCAAAGGCUUUGAACCAGCUCGGCGGACACAGUUCGUUUCUCAAUACAAGACAUUUCUGGAGAGGAUCAAAUUUAACUGUAAAAGUGAAAGGAGAAUAGCCAUUUAUUAACUGUAUGACAGCAACGGUUGCUACGUAGUUAGUUCCAGGACACUGAUAAAACAUUUAUGGCUGAAAACACAAACAUAAUUCAAACGAUUGUUAAUUGAUUUCUGUACUUUUAUCUUAUUUUUCUUAAAUAUUAUUAUAUUUAUUUAUUUCUUCUCAUGUUUAAACAUAUUGAGCAGUUUCUCCCUUCAUGAUUUUGAAACGAUGAGGUUUAUGUACCGUGUAAUGUAAAACACGCUUUCAUUUGGUUAUUUUUACUCAAAUAAUCUUGCAAUCUGAAUAUAACAGAACUGCUCAUCAGUUUGUACUGGUUUUGACAGUUUUUGUAAACAUUCUCAUUAAAUAUGGUAUUGUAUUUCGUUGAAUAUAUAUAUGAACUGAAAUAUAUUGGUAUAUAAAAAUGUGAAAGCUUUGUAA